UUGUGCUGUAACAACAUGAAUUUUGAUUGAUUAAACUAUAAUUCAUAACUGUCAUAUGCAUAUUCCAUCCAUUGAAUAUCUUGAGAAAACCGAUGAAAAAACUAAUUCAUAAUAAACAAUAUUGAAUCAAGCCUUUUUGAUCAGUGAUGACAAUUUGAAAUGCAUAGUUUGCAAGUUAAUGAAAGACGGAUUAAAGUACUUACACCGCAGCCCGCCAUCACCAAAUUUUUUUGCAUGUUUAUUUAAUUUUUUUAAUGCAUUUGAUAUAAUGUACACGCAUAGGGUUAUGCGUGCUUGCAUAUGAAGCUUUUAAAACAAUAUAACUUAAAGGCUUGUGUGAAUUUCAUUUUCAAGUUCUGCUCUAAUCAGACAUAUUUCAUGACUAUUAAAUGCGCUGGUGUAUUUUUAACGUGUAUAUUUUAUAAAUGGUAUUAUUAACAUUCCAUAAUAAAAAUAAUUACUUAUUUCCAACGAGAAACAAUCUAAAUGAAAAAUGCCAGUUUUACAAGCAAGUCAAUAAGCGGUAAUUGUCGCUCAUUCAGAUUUUAUAUCCGGGGGCAAUAAAUUACAUGUAAAUGUAAGUUAGUCAUUAUUUUAUAUGGAUAUUUUAUGGCGCUAAAUUCCAUUUAGACCGACGGUCUAGUAAUGCUGAUUUAAUCUUUUUGUCAAAUUGACGUCCGAAUGUAACAAAAUUGUUGACUGUUUCAAGAAAGUAUCACGCUGUUCACAAGUCUUAUUCGGCCUUAAGAGAAAAACACGAAAAUUUUCGACUUUAUAUUUCGCAAAAAAGUUGAAUUUUGAAAUUGAUAUUCGAAAUGGACCCUGAUGGACUACAUGAUAUGCCAGCACCGGAUCCGGAUCCGUUCCUUCUGACUGACCGCCCGCCCCAACCCUCACCUGAUGACCCACAGAACUUCUUCCACACGAACCACACCCAUGGACAGAAGGUAGCACUGUUCUGUCCGCAGUGGCUCUUUGAUAGGAACUGGAGCAACCAAACUACUUUGUCCGACAUCAACACCGAAUUCAUGCGCCGGAAUAUUCCCGGUAUUUACUUCAUCAGUCUUCAGAUGUUAUUAAGUCUGAUAGGAAAUGUAAGUGUCCUGUUGUUAUACCGCAAUAGGUCCAAGACUUCCAAUUACAGAGUCUACGUUCUCUUUCUCGUGCUACUGGAUUUGAUCAGUUGUGUAUUUGUGAUGCCUUUCGCUAUUCUGUACCUGUAUUACCCGUUACAAUUUCCAUCUAACGUUGUAUGUAAAGCAGGCUACUUCCUUGGGUUUUUCGUACACAUCGCCUCCCCCCUGAUCUUGGUCCUGAUUGCCAUUGACCGGUUCCAGAAAGUCUGCAGACCACUACAGAAACAGCUCACUGAGCAUCAGUCAAAGCUAAGCUGUCUGUUUGUCUGUGUGUUUGCGCUCGGAUUUUCCUGGUUUACGCCGCUCCUUUACGGGAAUUCCAAAAUCAAUACGCAAAUCAACAACAUUGAGGGAACGCGCUGCUUCCUGGAAAGUGACCGACUAACCAUGAGAAUCGCUAAAUGGAACUACAUCGCCCUGACCGUGAUGUUGGUCAUAGUGACGGCUUUCCUCUGUAUUCUGUACUCCCUCAUUCUCCGGAGAAUUCACAGUCACUCCAAAUACUCCACUGUCCGGACCAAAACCCGCCAAAAGGGGCAACCGAAACCGCAAAAACUCGGGAAGACAACAACGACGUUCCUCAUCAUCUCUGUGGUCUACCUCAUCAAUGCAUUGAUACACGAUGCCCUUGCGCUGGUCCUACACGUCCAACCAAACCUGGAGUGUUCCAUGGGCUUCUAUGGAGGGGCUCUAUAUUACAUCUUCCUGUGGACGAUCUUUCUAAACAACGUUUCCAACCCUUUUAUUUACGGUCUAUCGGACGAUAGGUUUUCGACGAUGUUCAAGGGUUUCUUUCAAAGGAACGGACCGGGUGCAUUAAGGUCGUCGUUUACUCGGAAUUUCAACACAUCAACUUCCUCCGUGACGAAGGACAACUUCCAGCAGUCGUCUUUGAAGAAACAAACCAGCCCUUCUAGCGCCCGGAAAUCUGAUGAAAAGUGACUAACUGUUAGAUAUGUAAUCCUAGGACGCAUGUAAUUAUAAAAGGGGAUCUAAAACGGCUCAGCCCAAUUAUUGCCCGGGAAAUGGAUGAACAGGGAUCAGCUAUUAGAUAUCUAAAUCGAACUUUUAUAUGAAAAGUGCUUUAAAUAUAAUUCAGUCCGAUUAGCGCUCGGAUAUUGGAUGAACAGGGACUAACUAUCAGUUUUCUAAUGGAAGGACGUCUCUUAUAUAAAAAGUGCUAUAAAAACAAUUCAGCCCAUCAAGUGCCUGGAAAUUUGAUGAAACCUGAUAUAUGAAAUCGUUGAACGUAUCUUAUAAAAAAAGUGCUCUAAAACCCCAAACCCCCUAAUAGAAGUGCUAAAUUUUUAUUUCUCUGUACAAAUUAUCAAUUGUUGUUUAUGGAAAAUAGUGCUUUUGCAAAAUCCGAAAGAAUUUAUUUUCAAAUCAUUUAGUAACGAUGGGAAAGAUGGUAUCAGAUUGAUAGAAUUUGUUUUUAUUUGACAUUAUUCUCUUAAAACUGCGUUCUAUAAAACCGAGUGCUUAGUAAAUACAUGUACAUAUUCUAUUCACUUUGGAUACUAGUAUUUAAAAAAAUAUUUUAUUUACAAGGCGGUAUCUUAUUUUAUGAAUUGAUUUGUAUUCUCUUAUUUUAUCAUUAUUAUCACAAUAAAACUUUAUAUUUGGUUAUGCUUCAGUGAAGUGCUGAUUUCGUUUUUACCGAGAAUUUGAUCCUUCUUUUUUUAUACAUGUUGAGAAUAUAACGUAACUAUAUAUUUGAAUACUGUUUUCAUUAAAGACAACCUGACACUAAUAAUACAUGUAAACUAUAUUGACCUUUGAGACUAUUGUGUUUAAAUAUUGAAGAUAUAUAACUUUGUGUUAUAGAUAAUUUUAUAGGAAAGUACAUGCGAUCUAAGAUUUCAGACCGUUUGCGUAAUCAUUUUCACUAUCAUUAUCACUAUCUAGUAAUAAAUUACGUUUAAACAAUUGAAGACGAAAUACAUUUUUAUACAAUGAUGACUCAAAAUUGUUGUAUGUUUU